AUACGAAAAUAGAAAGCCAGUAACGCUCGUAGAAAUUGUCAGAAAAAUUAAUAACCGUAAAGUAUAUAAAAUUUAAUAUUUACUUUUCUUUCUUGCUGGAUUUUAAAAGUGCAUAAUUUUCUUAUCAAAGUUAUUCAAGCAUGUCAUCAACUGGUGUCAAUCUGUCCAAUGUAUUAAGCACUAAUUUAGCUGCUCUCGGCUGCGGGUUUCUUUGUGGAUAUGUCGUGAAGUAUUUAAUAUCUCGGAAAUCAUCUCCUGAAAUUUCAACAAUGGAUAAUGACAAUAAAGCAAGUGAACAGAGUUUUUCUGACUUUGCUUUUGGCGAUUAUAAAUUAGUUCUAGUUGUUCAAAAUGGUUUAAAGAUGGGAAAAGGAAAGAUAGCUGCUCAGUGCUCUCAUGCAUCUGUUAUGGCUUAUCAGAAUUCUUCUAGAAAAUCUCCCAGUGCCCUGAAAAAAUGGAUGAGCUACGGACAAAGAAAAGUAGUUGUUAAAGUGGAUGAUGAACAGACUUUAUUAUGUGUUGCAAAAGAUGCUAAAGAAUCUGGUCUAAUUGUAAGCUUAGUUUGUGAUGCUGGAAAGACACAAAUUCCUGCAGGAAGUAAAACUGUAUUAGCAGUUGGACCUG